UCUCUCUCUCUCUCUCUCCCCCCAAUCUCCACCUCCUGCUCCCCAAUCCAAACGAACCAACCAACCGAACCCUAGCGUGCGCGGGCGGCGGCGGAGGGCGGCGAUGGCGUCGAUCCCGCCGGACGAAGAGGCGGCGGCCGAGAACGGCCACGGGAACGGGAACGGGAACGAGAACGGGAACGGGCCGUGCCCUCCCCCGGCGAAGCGGGCGAGGUCGGUGAUCUCGGAGGAGGAGAUCCGCGCCGAGUUCGGGCACCACGAGGCCGGGGUGGCGCGCGUCAACAACGGCAGCUUCGGGUGCUGCCCGGCGUCGCUGCUCGACGCGCAGGCGCGGUGGCAGCGGCGAUUCGUCGCGCAGCCCGACGACUUCUACUUCCACGCCCUCCAGCCGGGGCUCCGCCGCUCCCGGGCCGCCGUCGCCGCGCUCGUCAACGCCGGGGACGUCGCGGAGGUGUCACUCGUCGACAACGCCACCACCGCGGCCGCCAUCGUGCUGCAGCACGCCGCGUGGAGCUUCGCCGAGGGCCGGUUCUCCCGCGGGGACGCCGUGCUGAUGCUCCACUACGCGUACGGCGCCGUCAAGAAGUCCAUCCACGCCUACGUCGCCCGCGCGGGGGCCACCGUCGUUGAGGUGCCGCUCCCGUUCCCUGUUGCGUCCGCCGACGCCAUUAUUCACGAGUUUCGAGUUGCACUCGCCUUGGCCAAGGACGGGGGACGCAAGGUCCGCCUCGCGGUCAUCGACCACAUCACCUCGAUGCCAAGUGUUGUCAUCCCGGUGAAGGAGCUCGUUGCCAUCUGCCGACAAGAGGGUGUUGAUAAGGUGUUUAUUGAUGCCGCGCACUCCAUUGGGCAAGUCCCCGUUGAUGUGCGUGACAUUGGGGCCGAUUUUUACACCAGCAAUCUCCACAAGUGGUUCUUCUGCCCACCUGCGGUGGCUUUUUUGCACACCCGCAAGGAUGAUCCGAUAGCCUCCCAGCUCCACCAUCCUGUUGUAUCGCACGAGUAUGGCAAUGGCCUUCCCAUGGAGAGUGGAUGGAUUGGGACAAGGGAUUACAGUGCACAGCUUGUAGUGCCUGAAUCUAUUGAUUUUGUUAACCGGUUUGAGGGUGGCAUUGAGGGAAUACGCAGCCGUAACCAUGUAAAAGUGAUUGAGAUGGGUAGGAUGCUUGCCGAGGCAUGGGGGACUUUUCUUGGCACACCACCAGAAUUGUGUGGUAGCAUGGUUAUGGUCGGCCUGCCCGGUUGUCUUGGUGUUGAAAGUGAUGAUGAUGCGAUGAGAGUGAGAACUAUGCUGAGGAAGGAUUUUAUGGUGGAGGUACCAAUAUACUACAAUUCAAGAAGAGUGGAAGGCCAAGAAAUGGCGAAGGAUAAGAAUGGUGAUGCAGUGACAGGGUAUGUUAGGAUCUCACACCAAGUUUACAAUGUAAGGGAGAAUUACGAGCAGCUGAGAGAUGCUGUCAAUAAGCUUGUUGCUGAUGGAUUCACCAGCAGCAAGUUGCGACCUUCGGAGAAGGAAACAAUUGUGUGAUGACAUUACAACCAACCAGCACUCUGUUGGAAGAUGUUGUGGCCGACUACUUAGAUGUGGAUCGCUGUCACAGCCAGUGCUGCAGUGAGGUCUAGUUCCCUACUGUAGUCUCACCCAAUGGCGUCGCCAGUUCAUGUAGUGUACUUCCAGAAACUGACAGAAGUGUUGUAUUUGCAAUUCGUCCGUCACAAUAAUGCACUGGCAUGUCUUCCCCCCUUUCCCUCAUUUUCCAGCUGUAAUGUAAAAACAAUAAUAAUCUGAAUCCAAGAAGAAUUGCAGCCGCUGUAGAUUGAAUUGACUGCUAGCUA